UACUCAACUAAAACGCGCCUUGUCCUGCGCCAGCAUGAACUGAAAAUUAUCACCGCCUAAGCAAACUACAACCAAUCAUCUUCUCCAAAAUCCAGCUUCUGUUUCUGCUUCCACCUCCAACAAUGGCGACCGCGCUCGAUUUCAAAUGCUUGAACUCGUUUUCUCUCUCUACAACUCUGUCGCACAUCAAGCAGACACCGCCUAAUUCUCGGAGCUUCUCAACUAGGAAGCGAUUCAGCAGACUGUCUUGUUCUGCCGUUGAAGAUGCGACGCAAAAACAACAAGAAAUCGUUACAACCAGCAAUUUCAAUGACUCCAGCAAUGAAGCAGAAGAAAAUCCUUUCUUAAACAACAAGUUAGAUGAUGGAGGAAAUUCCAUCUACGACAUUCUUUAUCCGAGCAAAGAGCUUCUCCCAGACGACGUAGAAAUGAGUAUAUACGACCAUUUAGAUGAGCUGAGGCAGAGAGUUUUUGUCUCAGUUUUGGCUGUGGGGGCUGCCAUUGUUGGUUGUUUUGCCUUUUCAAAGGAUCUCAUCUUGCUCCUUGAAGGUCCGAUGAGUGCACAAGGCGUUCGUUUUCUACAGCUUGCUCCUGGAGAAUUUUUCUUCACAUCUCUUAAGGUUUCUGGAUACUGUGGCCUUCUGUUGGGGAUCCCUGUGAUUCUCUACGAGAUCAUAGCUUUCGUUCUUCCAGGUCUAACAGUGGCAGAGAGAAGAUUUCUUGGGCCGAUUGUCCUAGGCUCGUCUGUCCUCUUCUACGCAGGCAUUGUCUUCUCCUACCUCGUUCUCACUCCAGCCGCUCUGACGUUCUUCAUUAACUACUCCGAUGGGGCGGUUGAGUCUCUGUGGUCAAUUGAUCAGUACUUUGAGUUUGUGCUUGUGCUCAUGUUCAGCACAGGCUUGUCAUUCCAGGUCCCUGUUAUACAACUCCUCCUUGGGCAAGUGGGUUUGGUUUCUUCAGCACAAAUGCUGUCUAUAUGGAGAUAUGUGGUGGUUGGCUCAGUGGUUGCUGCUGCUGUGCUCACUCCCUCGACCGAUCCUUUAACUCAGAUGCUCCUCGCCGGCCCUCUUAUGGGUCUCUAUCUUGGAGGCGCAACGAUGGUCAAGGUCCUUGGUCGAUAAAUUGUUAGAAUCGAACCCUUUUUGGUGUUUCUGGCGAUGUUCUUGUAUAAAGAUUCUUUGGGUUGAAUCAUAGAAUAUGCAUACCGGCUUUAAAAUCUGUAUACGUAACAACAAAUGUGACGUCGUUUCACUACAUACAAUGUUACAUUUUGGUUGAUCAA